UAUUGUGUCUGGUUUCAUCCAUCAGAUGUCUGUGAUCUCACACUGGACCCAAACACAGUAAACAGACACCUCUCUCUGUCUGAGGGGAACAGAACGGUGACAUGGAGGACAGAGGAGCAGCCGUAUCCUGAUCACCCAGAGAGAUUCGAGUACUGUGAACAGGUCCUGUGUAGAGAGGGUCUGACUGGGCGCUGUUACUGGGAGGUAGAGUGGAGUGGGAGGGCUGGUAUAGGAGUGACAUAUAAAGGAAUCAGCAGGAGAGGAAGGGGUGAGGACUGUUGGCUUGGACACAAUGACAAGUCCUGGUGUCUGUUCUGCUCUGACAACAGUUACAUUGCCUGGCACAAUAAUAAUCCCACUACCAUAGACGUCCCCUCCUCCAGCUCCCACAGAGUAGGAGUGUAUUUGGACUGGUCAGCCGGCACUCUGUCCUUCUAUAGAGCCUCCUCUGACACACUGACCCACCUGUACACAUUCACCUCCACAUUCACUGAGUCCCUCUAUCCAGGGAUUUGGGUUCAUUUCUCCUCAGUGUCCCUGUGUUAGUGAUACACACACACACACUGGACACAGACACACACACACUGGACAACACACACACACACACACACUGGACAAACACACACACACACUGGACACACACACAC